CAUAACUCACUCCUCUCCAUUUUCGGCAGUGACAGACCAAACAAAGUACAGCAAAAUACAUUACUAAAGAUCUGCAAAUUUCGUUUAUAAUCAUGGCCGACGGAUUUCCGACAAUAGGGUUGUUGCCGGAGAAGAUAAUGGAUCAAAUAGGUAUGAUGUGGGAGUUAAUUAAACAGCCAUUGAUAAUCCCCCUUCUUUGGUUAUCCGUUUACAUAUGUUUAGCCAUGUCUCUUAUGCUGUUCAUGGAAAGACUUUACAUGGGAAUCGUCAUUAUACUUGUUAAACUCUUCUGGAAGAAACCAGAACAACGUUAUAAUUGGGAACCCAUUCGUGAUGACCUUGAAAUCGGCAAUGCUGCUUUUCCUCAUGUUCUUAUCCAAAUCCCCAUGUUUAAUGAAAAAGAGGUAUAUAAGAUCUCCAUUGGAGCAGCUUGUAAUCUGUCAUGGCCAUCAGAUCGUCUUGUGAUUCAAGUACUUGAUGAUUCGACUGAUCCUAUAAUCAAGGAAAUGGUGGAGAAAGAGUGUAAGAGAUGGGGGAAUAAAGGGUUGAAUAUAAAGUAUCAGAUUAGAGAAAACAGGGGAGGUUAUAAAGCUGGUGCUCUUAAAGAAGGACUUAAACAUGAUUAUGUUAAACAUUGUGAAUUUGUUGCAAUCUUUGAUGCUGAUUUUCGACCGGAGCCGGAUUAUCUCCGACGAGCUUUACCUUUUCUUAUUCAUAAUCCCAAUAUUGCCCUUGUUCAAGCUAGAUGGAGAUUUGUGAACGCUGAUGAGUGUUUAAUGACAAGAAUGCAAGAAAUGUCAUUGGAUUAUCAUUUCACAGUAGAGCAAGAAGUUGGAUCUUCAACUCACGCUUUCUUUGGAUUCAAUGGGACGGCUGGUGUAUGGAGAAUUGCAGCCAUUAAUGAAGCAGGUGGAUGGAAAGACAGAACAACCGUUGAAGACAUGGAUCUAGCUGUUCGUGCUUCGUUAAGAGGAUGGAAAUUCAUUUAUCUCGGCGAUCUUCAAGUUAAAAGCGAACUUCCCAGCACUUUUAGAGCUUUUCGAUUUCAACAACACAGAUGGUCUUGUGGCCCUUCUAACUUGUUCAGAAAGAUGGUCAUGGAGAUUAUUAGAAACAAGAAAGUAAAUGUGUGGAAGAAAAUCUAUGUGAUUUACAGCUUCUUUUUCGUUAGAAAGAUCGUAGCUCAUAUGGUUACAUUCUGGUUUUACUGUCUUGUUCUUCCUUUAACAAUCUUAAUCCCUGAAGUUGAUGUUCCAAUUUGGGGAGCCAUUUACAUUCCUUCAAUCAUAACUGCCUUGAAUUCAGUAGGAACUCCAAGAUCAAUUCAUCUUCUCUUCUACUGGAUUUUGUUCGAGAAUGUUAUGUCUUUCCAUCGCACCAAGGCCUCUUUAAUCGGUUUACUUGAAACUGGGAGAGCUAAUGAAUGGGUUGUAACUGAAAAACUUGGAGAUGUUCUCAAGAACAAAUCGAAAUCCUCCAUCAAAAAGUCCAUUUUUAAGAUGGGCGAUAGGAUUUUAGUACAAGAGUUGUGCAUUGGAGCAUUCCUUUUCUUUUGCGGUUGCUAUGAUUUUCUCUAUGGAAAACAUUACUACUUCGUGUACCUGUUUCUUCAAACGAUCUCAUUUACCAUCAUGGGAUUCGGAUACAUUGGCACGAUCGUUCCUUAAAAGAUCAUCGGGGACGAAAGAGCUCGUUCUUUGUGAUAACCGGAGCGGGUGCGCACCAAUAAAUAUUGUAAUAUUAAUGUUAAUAGGUGAAGAAGAAGUAGAAGAAAUCGAAAGGUGCAACUAGAAGGGAGAACCCAAAAAAAUGAGACUUAGAGUUGUAUGAUGGUUUGUAAUAUGUGGAAUUUGGAGUGUUUAUUUCCACUAUUUCCUCUUGUUUUUUUUUAUGUAAGUUUUAGAUUUGUAAUGAAGUUUUGUGAGCAUUCAAGUGUUAAUUAGAACUUUUUCACUUGAUGUUUUA